CUCACGAUGAGAGCCGCAACUGUGUUUUUCCCACGGAGUAGCUUUACAAACAGUGCGUUUAUCGGUUAAAAUAAUGGAGAUUACGGACCUUGGGUAACAGAAAUUCAGAAUGAUUUCGACAGUGUCAAGUGUGUUCGGACAUUACUAUAUAUAACAGUUGUACAGUUGAACGGAUUUGCAGCCAGCUAGACUGGGAUUCAGGUCAAGUUGGAAAAGUUGCAAAAUGAAUGAACAAGUUUUUGUUUCACAGGCAAGCGGAUAUGGGUACACUGUAGGCAGCAGUCUUCCCCACAACCAGCUGGUGUACAGUAACAACCUUGGCAGCAACCACAAUCCCGGCCAGUCCCAGCCUUUUACAGCCAACCCCACACCACAUGUCGAUGUCUCCUCCUUCUAUAUGUCCGGCCAACCGCAUGGCCAGCACAGGGGCGGGUUUGAGCCCGGGUCAGAACUUACGCCAAUGGUGGGCUCCCGACAUAUGCACCACAUGGUUAGGUCUGGGUUUGACGACCCUGUUGACCUGUCGAGUGGGAAGGUGAUAGAUGGUCUCACUGGGCUGGUAAAGCAGGAACACCAACGUGGGGAUGAGAGGGGCCAGGGGCCUGUGUACACACAGCAUAAUGGACUGCAUGUGGGCAUUCCUCCCAAUGCAGACACAGACGGUCAGUUAAUGGUUCCUGGUUCACUGACUCCUCCCAACAAGCUGACCAGUGACCUGGUUACCAUGGCGAAUAUGGCAAACAUGACAACAUCCCUCGAGGGGUUGGCAUCCUCGAUAACAACACCACCCAGUCCCCUCCCCACCCCCUCACCCCCACCUGGCAGGGAUGGGUCUAGGUUUCACUAUAACAUCCAAUACCAAGAUCAGAGACUAACCAGGGAGGCCAUGAGAAAGUACCUGAAGGAUCAAGGAGACCAAAUUCUGGUCAUACUACAUGCCAAGGUUGCACAGAAGUCAUAUGGAAAUGAAAAAAGGUUUUUCUGCCCUCCACCAUGUAUCUACCUGUUUGGUAGUGGCUGGAAGCGGAAGAAGGAGGAGUUAGAAGGGUCGGGUGCCAGUGAGCAAGAGGCGACGGUGUGUGCAUUCAUGGGUAUCGGCAACUCCGACCAGGAGAUGGUCCAGUUGAACAUGGAGGGAAAGGAUUAUUGUGCUGCAAAGACACUGUACAUAUCAGACUCGGAUAAGAGAAAACAUUUUAUGUUAAGUGUGAAAAUGUUCUAUGGUAGUGGUCAAGACAUUGGUGUGUUUCACAGUAAACGGAUUAAAGUGAUUUCUAAACCGUCAAAGAAGAAACAGUCCUUAAAAAAUGCUGACUUGUGCAUAGCCUCAGGUACAAAGGUUGCACUAUUUAACCGACUGCGAUCCCAAACAGUGAGCACACGAUAUCUACACGUGGAAGAUGGCAAUUUUCACGCUUCAUCUAUACAGUGGGGUGCUUUUACAAUACACUUGUUGGAUGACAAUGAGUCAGAAAGUGAAGAGUUCACAGUGAAGGACGGCUACAUACACUAUGGGUCUACCAUCAAACUUGUGUGCUCUGUCACCGGCAUGGCCCUUCCAAGACUGGUAAUUCGUAAGGUGGACAAGCAAACUGCAGUUUUAGACGCCGAUGAUCCAGUCUCCCAGCUACACAAAUGUGCCUUCUACCUGAAAGACACGGAGAGAAUGUACCUCUGUCUCUCCCAGGAGAGAAUCAUACAGUUCCAGGCAACCCCUUGCCCUAAAGAAGCUAACAAGGAGAUGAUCAACGAUGGUGCUUCUUGGACAAUUAUCAGCACGGACCAGGCCGAGUACACAUUCUUUGAGGGCAUGGGCCCAGUAAAACAGCCAGUCACACCUGUCCCCAUUGUAAAUAGCUUACAGCUGAAUGGCGGUGGUGAUGUUGCGAUGCUAGAGUUGACGGGUGAGAACUUCACGCCUAUGUUACGGGUGUGGUUUGGAGAAGUCGAGGCUGAGACCAUGUACCGGUGCGACGAUGGCAUGUUGUGUGUCGUUCCUGACAUCUCCGCCUUCAGAGCGGGCUGGCGAUGGGUCCGCUCACCACUUCAAGUGCCAGUUUUAUUAGUGCGAAAUGAUGGUGUGAUAUACUCUACGGGACUGACUUUCACUUACACGCCCGAACCUGGGCCCCGACUACGGGGUCGGGAAAUGGACGAUAUUCUAGGCGUUGACGGGGUCGCAACCUCGGACGGCUCCCAUGGGUCUAGCUCGGGCCCAGCCAUUACCUACAGCACCUCGCACUCUCGGAGUGAUCCCAUCUAACUUGUGAUAUUUAUAUAUACUGUUAUGAUUUUAUUAGUGCAAAUGGAAUGAAAUUUCUGAAUAAAUUAAUAGCAAUGUCUGUUUUAUAAAUAUUAUUGAAAAAAAAUAUGCA